AUGCACGAAAGACUUCUACCAGCUUCACCCAACUGGUACUGCUCUCGCUGCAGUGACAUUAAUCAGAAAGGAGUGCUGGGAUUUGGAGCUAAAAACACCAUCUACCUGUUAAAACUCACCACAUCCUCACCAACUGUGCUGGGUGAACUCAGUGGGCACACUGAAAGAGUUUCAGGAUUCGCGUUUUGCCAGCAUGAUGGGCAGGAGAACGUGUGUGCCAGUAGUUCAGAUGACAAGACAGUGAAGAUCUGGGAUACUGAGCAGAAAGUGGUGUUGGCAGAACACACUGCUCAUCAGAACACCAUCUCUGCCAUCCACUGGUCUCCAGUUGAGAAGGCUUUGCUGGUUUCAGGAGAUGAGAAGGGUGUAGUGGUGUGUUACUGGUUUGGCAGGAAUGAUUCACGUAGCUUCUUUCCAGAGCCCAGAACCAUCUUCUGCCUGUCAUGCUCACCACAUAAUGAAAACCAUGUGGCCAUUGGGUACAAGGAUGGAAUGAUUGUCCUGAUUGACAUCAGCAAAAAAGGAGAGGUGAUCCAUCGAUUACGAGGCCAUGAGGAGGAGAUCCACGCCCUGGCUUGGUGUCCCAACCCCAAGGAGGAAACACUGUACAAUCAACCAGAGAACAACAUGGAUGUAUCUGAUAGGCCAGCAGAGAUGGAGGUGGGUGGUUACCUUGCUUCAGGUAGUCGGGAUCAGACUGUCAGAAUCUGGAGCACAGCCAGAGGCAAAGGUGUAAUGACCCUGAAGCUUCCCUUUUUAAAGAGGCGAGGGGGAGGAGUGGACCCUGGUGUAAAGGAAAGACUAUGGCUCACAGUGCACUGGCCUAAAGGAAGACCUUCCCAAGUCAUCUCCAGCUGCUUCGGUGGAGAGCUGGUGGCUUGGGAUCUCACAAAAUCAGGCAAGCAGAAGUGGACCUUGCUGGGCAGCUCAACAGACGGACAGAACCACAGCCGUAUCGUCUUUAACAUGAGCUCAGUGUGUGUGGAGGACAGGGCGUUGCUGAUCAGCACAUCCAUGGACAGAGAGAUUAAGUGUUGGGACCUGGCCACUCUGGAGUGCCUCUGGAAUCUGCCCACGCUUGGAGGAUUUGUAUACUCUAUGAGCUUCUCCCCGGUUGGCACAGGCUGCCUGGCAUUGGGGGUCGGAGACAACAUGAUCCGUGUGUGGAACACACUCUCCAUGCAGAACCCAUACGACACCAAGACCUACUGGCAGUCGAUCAAGUCCAAAGUUACUGCUCUGGCGUGGCAUCCAGUGAAGGAGGGUUCCUUAGCCUUUGGCACAGAUGAUGGCAAAGUAGGCAUCUAUGAAGCAUAUUCUAACAAACCUCCUCAGGUCUCCAGCACCUACCAUCACAAGACGAUCUACUCCCUAAACUGGGGUCCUUCCCUUCCUCCUAUGUCAUUUGGUUCAGGAGACAAACCUUCAUAUAGCCUGUAUAGUUGUGGGGGAGAGGGAGUCAUUUUUCAACAUGACCCUUGGAAACUGUCAGGAGAGGCCAGCAACAUCAAUAAACUAAUCCGGGACACGAACAACAUCAAGCACAAACUCUCCACUCACACAGAUUUCAGUUGGAAGCCAGAUGGGAAAGUUUUGGCCAUUGGAAAUGAAGACGGUUCUAUAGAGGUGUACGCCGCACCAAAUCUAAAAAUACUCUGCACCGUGCAGCAGCACCAUAAGAUCAUCAACACACUGUGCUGGCACCAUCAGCACUCCACCCAGCCCGAAUUACACUACUUCCUCGCAUCCGGCUCCAGCAAUGCACUUAUCUAUGUCCACGACCUACGCAAUGCUAUCGAGAGCCAAUCAGAGAGUCCAGUUCUGGUCACUGAAUCCUUCCGAACUCUAUCCGGUCACACCAACAAGAUCACAGGUCUGGCAUGGAGCCCUCAUCACGAUGCACACCUGGUGACUGUCUGUUAUGAUGGUACCGCCCAGGUGUGGGAUGUGCUAAAGCAGGAGCCGGUGUGUAACUACAGGGGCCAUAACGGGCGCUUGCUAUGCGUGCAGUGGUCCCCCGUUAACCCUGACCUGGUCUGGACAGGCGGUGAUGAUUUCACCGUACAGGAGUGGGCUGUGUCCAAACAGGAGCAUGUUAAACCCCCAAAAAGUAGGAGACGAGUGGAGAUAGAGAAAAAGAAAGUGCCGCAGAAGAAAGCCAAGAAGAAAAAGAAGACUGGGGAAAAAUCUAGGAUAAAGACUGGUGAGAAUGAAUCUGAAGUGGGAGAGGAGGAGAAAAGAGGAAGUGGGAGUGGACCGGAUGGACAGACGGAGGAUGAAGCUGAGGAUGAGGAGAUAGAACAGGGCACCUCUGUCAUCAGUGAAUUGACUGUGGAGACCAGUGCGGCCGCUUGUGCUAUAGAGAGAGUACAAACUCGGGGAAAACCAUCUCUUGCAGCGAAGAAGGAUGAGAAGGAAGAAAAGAAAAAAGAGAAAGCAGAUAUUUCUGUUAAAAAGAGGAAACCUCGUUCCAUCCUGCCGCUCAGCACCUCCAUGGAUCAUCGGCCCAAAGAGGAGCUACAGCAGGACUGCAUAACACUGGCUGCUGUAAAGCACACACAGGAUCAGUUAGAAAAUUGUGUACCUGGUACUGGAGAACACAUCCAGCUCGGUUUAUUCACAGACAGGAAAGCCCUCUACAGGAUGUUCCAGGAAGAAGAGGAGAGCCAUGUGCAUGCAGGUCACUAUGAUUCAGUGACUUAUCUGAGACUGUGGAAAGGUGAUCUGACUGGGGCUCUACAACUGGCCACAGAGAAAGGAGAGCUGACCGAUCAUCUGCUGAGCUUAGCACCUAUGGCUGGUUAUCAGGUGUGGGCGAGGACAGUGGAAGCCUAUGUGAAGCAGCUGUGUAUGCAGGAGCAGUUUCUCAAAGCCGCCUCACACCUCGUGUCCAUUAACAAAAUCUACGAAGCCAUCAGCCUCCUCAAAGCUCAUCACUUGUACAGGGAAGCUAUCGCUCUGGCUAAGGCACGACUGCAGCCCGAGGAUCCUGUACUGAAGGAUCUAUAUAUGAGCUGGGCCACAGUGCUGGAGAAGGAUGGACACUACACUACUGCUGCCAAAUGCUAUCUUGCUGCAGACUCCAACGUUGAUGCGGCCAAAAUCAUUGCCAAGAAAGGGGACAUGAUGUCACUGAAGACGGCUGCCAACCUGGCGAAGACGGCUGGAGAGAGCAGCCUGUGCCACUCGCUUUCUUUGAGAUGUGCCAAAGACCUUGUGCAGUCUCAGGACUGGCUGGCAGCACAAGAUAUCCUUGGCCUGCAGGACACCUUAUUGGCUCACCGGCUCCUGUACAGUGUGUGUGAGCUACUCACUCAACGAUUAUCACUUGCCGGUGUGGUGACCUGUUCGGGAUCGACCCAUGCCUGGUCUAAAUCCAGUGAGGAGAGCUUCCUGUGUGCUGUACAGAAAGUGUGGCGAAGUGUCUUUGGUCUUAACAUUGCUGACCUGGAGCAGAUCAGAGCACUCCAUCAACAGCUCGGAGCUAUAGAGAACCCACCGGCCACUGCCAGCACACCUGUAAAGCAUCUGCUACCUCAUGUGGCAUUAGACGUGGCUCUAGCUGUGCUCAGUGAGCUGCUGGGUGAUUGGAAUUUAGCUCUAGAGCAACUCCUGAGAGCUGUAACUCAAGGAUUCAUGGCUAAUCAGUUCCCUCUAAUGGCUGAGAUGUGCCAACUUCUUCUACCUCAAGGUAGGGAUUCUGUAGCUGUCUAUAAACAAAAACUUCCAGAUGACGAAAAACACUUGGGCCUCUCCCAAAACCUGGAGGCUUUUGUCUGUUACCAGCUCAUGUACAAAAACUGGUGGCAGUACAGCAGCACCAAACACACCAACGGCCACCGAUCUCCAAUAGAGAAUGGAGACACCAUUCAUGAUACGGAGACCACAUCUCACUCCGAACAUCAAGAAAGUCAAAUGACUGUGGAAUCUGAAGGAUCUCUAAAUGAAGAUUCCUGGAUGGUACUCUUGUCUGAACCCCACGUCUUUCUCCAGUCCACACGAAAAGCUCUAGAAGCCAUCCAGAGCAGAAUAUCCAUGUUAAUUCAACAACACAACCAUCCUCAAGAGGGCCAAAGACCAGGCCCACAGCUCCAGGGAGAAGCUACUGAACUCGAGAAGAAAAACAGCUCUGAGACGAGUGGAAAUCUAGACAGCAGAUCCGCUGCAGAUGGUGAGUCUUUUCCUGUCCUGGCUGCUCAGAUGGUUGAGCAUCAGAAAAAGCUUACUGGUGUCCCUGACCAUGUCAAAAAUUACCCAUUCCCUGAUGUGCUCGAAUGUUGUCUCGUCCUCUUGCACAUGGACAAGCACUUUGGUGGGAUUCCACAUCAUCUCACCGAGAAGGCUUCCACAUUGCUGCUCAAAAAUGCCUCUAUACCCUCUCUUCACAAAGCCUGGAAGAGAUUCAAUUUAUAACUGUUCUUACUUUCCAAACAGCACUUAUUUUUUUCAUUAAUAUAUAUUAUAUACACAUAUAGUUUGUAUAGAAUGAAUCUAAUAAAUGCUCAGCUAUGCUGU